AGAGUCCAUGAAACAUCUUUUACUUUCCGUAAAGACGUUUUGUAUAUUGAUUGAGUGUGUUAUUGUUAUUUUGUACUAAUUUAAUCAUUACUUUCAUUUCCUAAUGGUAGCCAUAGAAAAGUAGCUCUUUUAUUUUUGUCAGAACUGUAAUGCGCCUCGUCUCUUCCUGUAGAUGUUAAAAAGAAAGUUGUCAUCAGGACAUGGCUUUCAUACUGCAGAUCUGUUGACUGUUGUAUAGGCACUCGCGAUAUUCUUUGUGGGAGUUUGAAUAUCUAAUGCAAAGUAAACACUUUCAAAUUGCUUUGUUUCAAAGAAUGAAACAUAGAAUUAUUAAGACCGACCCAACCAAUCUGUUUUUAGCAAUAAUUUAAGAAGCAUGAAGCUGCGAGUCCGUGUGAACAAACAGACUUGCCGUUUGGAGCUGGAGGGAGAUGAGCCUACACUGGAGGAGCUGAGCAUCCAAAUUAAGGAAAUAAUACUGCCCUCUUGUGGCUACAGUCCGGACACAGAAUUCACCCUUUCUCUGAACAGCAGCGAGCCCCUCCCUGAGUCAGGGCAGAGCCUUGCAUCUUGUGGGAUUGUAUCUGGAGAUCUGAUCUGUGUAGUCCUGUCACAGGCCAGUCCUGCGCCCAGCCCCUCUGCACUCCACAGUGUCAGCACCCCCCCAGUAAAAAAGACGGAUGAGGCAAGCAGCUCUGCUUCCCUCCAGGAUGAGCGCUCUGGAGCUCUACGGAUGCCCUCUGUCCGUGCCGAGGAAGAAGACUUGAGGGCCGAGGAAGAGGCAGAUCACGAGAUGGAGGAUGUCUUCACUCCCGAGCCCAUGAUAUGCAGCGAGGCCGAGGAUGGAGAGGUGCCUCAUUCUCUCGAGAUGCUGUUCCAUGGGGUGGAAAACCGCAGCGCCUGCGAUACACUGGUGGUCGCAGUUCAUCUUCUUAUGCUGGAGACUGGAUUCGUAUUGCAGGGCCCGGAAGUGAGGCCCGGGGAGAUGCCUGCAGGGUGGAAGGCGGUUGGGGGUGUUUACAGACUGCAAUACACACACCCCCUCUGUGAGAACAGCAUUGCUAUGGUGGUUGGUGUUCCUAUGGGAAACAUGCUGGUUAUCAACGCUACUCUGAAGAUGAAUGAAACAGUUGACAAUGUGAGGAAAAUCCAGUUAAACCCUUCUUCCUAUGUGACGGAUUUAUGGAACGGGGAAAGCGCUGCUGGUGCUUAUAAAGACCUUAAGAAGUUAUCCCGUAUUUUUAAAGAUCAAGUUGUAUAUCCCUGGAUAGCCUCAGCCAGACAAGCCAUGAACCUUCCGGCGGUAUUUGGCUUGACGGCGCUCCCUCCCGAGCUCCUGCUUCGCGUGCUGCGGCUCCUAGACGUGGGGACGCUGGUGGCCCUCUCAGCUGUGAGCCGGGACCUGAGCUCGGCCACAGCUGACCCGUCUCUGUGGAGGUUCCUGUACCACCGGGAUUUCAGAGAUUCAGUCAGCAGACCUAGAGACACCAACUGGAAAGAACUCUACAAAAAGAGAUAUCUACAGAGGAAAGAAGCAGCUCGCGUACGCCGCACUAUGAUGUUCCCUCCGGUGCCUCCUCAGCCAUUCCCAUACCCACCUAUGCCCUUUCAUCCCUUCCCCUUCGGACCCACGCCGCCAUUCCCCCCUGGGAUCAUCGGAGGAGAGUAUGACCAGAGGCCAGGACUGCCCUUCUCCACCGUGCCCCGCCCACGCUUUGAUCCCAUUGGCCCACAUCCAGGGCAAGGCCCAGGGAUCGGCCACCCUAUUGGCCAACGCUCUUUAAGGCCCUCAAGCGCCCGGUCUUCAGACAUCCGCCGAGGCUUUAUUUAAAUGUUUCCUCUGGUUUCCUUGCUUAAGACAAGCUGAAUUGCCAGGACCAACAAUGAUAGCUUUUGUGUUUACUUUGAUGAUGACUAAAUAAUCCAUUUGCAGCCAUUUUGUUUAUUGGUGGUAGUAGUAGGUUUUGCAGCAGCAGCUGCAUAUAAGCAGGAAGAAGCAGAAUGAAAAGGAUAAAUGCUGAGCUGGUUAUGGGACAAUGGUGUCAAGCUGUGACCCUCACGAAGCAAUCUUUCCCUUCCUGCACAUUUGGGACUCUCUUAUCUUAUAGUGUUGAAGUAUUAAGAGUUUCUUGGUUUCAGUUACAGCUUCAUGCCCUACUACUGAAGGUGGCAGUGUGUUUGUGAAGUUAUUAAAAGAAGUGCUUUUACAGAUGAAAGCAUUAAAUAAAACCUUAUUGAUCACAUA